AUGAUUGAAGACGAUGAAUCUGAGUGCUUCCUAUAACUAAAACCAUCUAAAAAGAUUAAAAAGACUAGAAACAACGUUUUAAGAAUUCAAAAACAUUAUGAAACUCUAAAUCAAAUGUAGGUAGCUGCUUCUGAUCAAGAAUAAACUAUUCUAGGUUUGAUAGACAAGCGCUCUUUAUGUAAUGCAUUUAGAAAUAUACAUAUAGUGUAUUCUAAGAAUAAAUUCAUUACUUAAUGGAAAGAAAACAUAUCUUAAUCUCAGUCUCUAAUUCAUUUUAAUUUGAUUAAAAGUGAAUCAGAAACUUUUGAAGAUAGUGAAAGUUUUCUCAAAUAACCUCAAAAUGAAUUGCUCAUAGAAAACUAUCUAUUCUGAUAGAUACUCGUUCAAAAAAAUGAGUUUUAUUUAUUAUUUUUCCA